AUGAGCCUCCUCUCUGCGAUUGGCGAGCUCGCAUCGUUGGCGCGGGUGCUCGAGGCUCCGCUCCCGGAGGUGCUUUCUGCGCUCAGCUUCGCUGGCCGGGCCAUGCCCCUGGCGUCGGCCAGCGAGACGGACCUCUGCGAGCUGCUCGCCUCCUUGCGAGGCCUCCCUCUCUGCCUUGCAGACACGGGCGAGGGCGCGCUCCACGCUCUACGCCAUUCCCUCGAGCGGCGCGUCGCCGAGUCGGUCGAGGACGGCGGGCAGGCGCUGGAGCUGGCGGCGCUGUGCACGCUGAUGCCGCGCUGGGCACAGGCUCUGCCGCAGACUGGCGCGCACCGCGCCAAGCAGCUGCGCGCCGUCGCCGAGAACCUCUGCGCCAUCCACCGCUCUGCUGUGCCGCCACUUUGCCGGCUGGCGGCACUCACCUCUCUGACCCCAGUCGCGCUUCUGGACGUGGGCAGCGGGCCGGCGCCGGCCGUUGUCUUCGACCACAUGCUCUCCACCCUCGAGCGGGCGGAGGCGCAGCGCGGCGGCUCGGCCGGCGGCUCUGCCCUCGAGGAGGCCGCUGCCGGGGGAGGUGGGGCGCAGCGCCGUGCCGCGCUCAAGUCGUUUGAGGGGUGCGGCGCGGGAGCGGAGGCCGCGGACGCGGACCCGCCGUGCGAGGGAGAGAUGGGCAGGUUGGCGUGCGAGGGAGAGAUGGGCAGGUUGGCGUGCGAGGAGCCCUCCAUCGGCACCGACACCGCCGCCACAAACGCUGGUGCGGGCACGGCUGCCGAUCCGAGGGCAGCGACGCCCACCGAGCUGUGCGCUGCGCUCGGCGUCGCGCGGCUGGUGCGGGCCGGCUCCCUCCCUCAAGGAGCCGAGGCGCGGCUCCUCUCCCUCGUCGCAACUUGCUCGCGCGAGGGCGCCGCGGGCGCGCAGGCGCCUGCCUCCGUCGCCGCCCUAAUCCUCGCCGCCCUCAUCGGCCCGCCGUGGGCCCGUCUCGCCAAGGCGCGCCCCGCCUGUCUCGCGCCGGUCGUCUCGGCGCUCGAGAGAAGCGUCGCCGCCAAGAUCAACGGCGAGCACCCGACAGAGCUGCAGCUGGUCGCCGCAAAGUGUCUGGAGUGA